GAAACUCUCAGGUUUCAGAAUCAGGUGUUUGGUCUGUCCACUUUUUCGGACCACUUUAACCACAGUCUGCUUCAGUUCAACUAUAACCCGACCCUUAGAUGAAUUGGUGAUGGAAGAAGGUACAUUUGAGGACCAGCUUCUCCUCCAUGCCAAAGAGGGCAGUUGCUCACAUAUCCAGAGGCUCUUCCAGUUAAGAAACAACCAAAGCAUCUCUCUAAACAUCAACUGCAGGUCUAGGUGGAAGCCCAAUUCAGGAUGGACGUCUCUCCAUCUGGCCAGCUACUUGGGAUACAGGGAUGUUGUGGAGGAACUGCUCAAGGCAGGUGCUGAUGUGAAUUUGCAAGAUAAUAUGGGCGACACACCUUUACACAAAGCAGCCUGUACUGGAAGAAAGGAGAUUGUUCUGUUACUGCUGCGGUAUGAUGCUUGUGUCAACAUAAUCAAUGGAACAGCCCAAAUCCCCAAAGAUGUCACAGAGGAUGAUGAAAUCAUAACAAUGCUGGAGGGUAUGAAAUGA